AUAAUUUACCUUAGAAAACACUUUUUGGAAAAGGCAAUUUGGGAGCAAGCAGCACGCAUAGUGCUAUAAGAACCCUGAACUCGUGAAGAAGAAGAAGAAGAAGAAGAGGAAGAAGGGGGAUGGAGGAAGCGAAGGGAGUUGUGAAGCACAUUCUGCUGGCUAAGUUCAAGGAUGGAACUUCCCCUGAUCUGAUCGACGAACUCAUCAAGGGCUACGCCAACCUCGUUAAUCUCAUCUCGCCCAUGAAGGCUUUCCACUGGGGCAAGGAUGUGAGCAUUGAGAAUCGGCAGCAAGGUUUCACACAUGUAUUUGAGUCAACCUUUGAGAAUGUUGAAGGUGUUGCAGAGUAUGUAGGUCAUCCUGCCCAUGUUGAAUUCGCAAAUAAAUUCCUGGCCAUCACGGAUAAGAUCAUCGUUAUUGACUACAAACCCACCACUGUGCACCUUUGAUCAUCGUUAUUGACUACAAACCCACCACCGUGCACCUUUGAGCUGAUAGACCGAUGGCAAUCAUCUGUUGUCUCAAGUGUUUCAUUUCUGAAUGGAGUUUGCUAUGGUUAUUUGUUGUCUUGCAAUUUUCUCUUUCAUGGGAAGUUGCUGCUUGUUGUGUGCUUUUAGAAAAAAUGCAUUCUUGAUGCCGUCAUAAAUGCAUUUGUAAGUUGUAUUUCUCAGCUGUGUACUGGUGUUUGUAGAAGUUACUUGACGAUUACUGAAUAAAUCUACAGGGUGUGGACCA